GCACUGCCACAUCCUCCGGUGACGUCAGCGCGCGCCGCCAUAUUGGGAAGCGCCGCCGCCGCCGCCGCCGCCGCCGCCGCCGCCGCCGCCGCCUCCGCUCGGGAUCCUGGGCUGUGUGGGGCCACGACCGCGGGCGGAAGGCACCCUUGUGUACCCCGCCGACUCCCGGCCCGCCGGCUUCGCCCAGCCCCGGCUCCUCAUGACCGCCUUCGGCCCCGCAGCCCACGGACAUCGCCCCAGCGCCGAGGAUUAACACGGAAGCACCUGGGGCCGGGGCGGUGAGGGAGAGCCGGCCGGUCCCGCGACCCUGUCGGUCCGGCGCGGCGCUUCGGCCGGAGUCAUGACCUCGCUGACCCAGCGGAGCUCGGGCCUGGUGCAGCGGCGCACCGAGGCCUCCCGGAACGCUGCCGACAAGGAGCGGGCGGCGGGAGGCGGCGGCGGCAGCGGCGAGGACGAGGCGCAGAGCCGCCGCGACGAGCAGGACGACGACGACAAGGGCGACUCCAAGGAAACGCGGCUGACCCUGAUGGAGGAGGUGCUCCUGCUGGGCCUCAAGGACCGAGAGGGGACCUCAAACUCAAUCAAGGCAUGAGGAACCACUGGGCUGGAACAGG